GAGAAAAAAUAAAAUAAAAAAAUUACUAAAUAUAUUUUGGAUUGGAGAAUUUUAUUAUUGUUGCAAUUUCUAGGUUUUUCGUCGAAGCUCAAUGAGUGAGGAAAUUGAUGCCGAAUUUCAAUCCAAGAUGAAGCUCGAUAAUGAUCGGAUAAAUCGGUUACCGGAUGACAUUCUCGUGGCUAUCCUAUCUUUCCUAUCGCCAAUCGAGGCUGCACGCACUAGUGUUCUUUCAUCCCGUUGGAUAAACUUGUGGAAACACACCUCUUCUCUCAAGUUCGAUGCAUACAUUGGCCGCGCAGUUGACGCAACUGCAAACCGCAAAAAGUUGUCCGAAGUGGAAAGGGGCAAGUUUGUAAAUCGGGUGAACUUCGUCCUCCAAUCCCAUGAAGCCGUCACUUUGAACGAAUUUAUAAUCCGUUAUGAUAUAAGUGGUUCCGAUAAAAGGCGAUACGAUGACUAUACGUUACGUGUGGAUGAAGUCACUCAGUGGCUCGAAUAUGCUUCCGCCAAAAAAGUUCCGAUCUUGGAAUUGAAUUUUUCGCCGAAGUACGACGAGAGUUUAAGCUAUCCUGGCCUAACUUGUGCUUUCCCCCACGAGUUUCUCACUCGGAGCACUAGUGUUGACUUUACGCCCCUCAAAGCGUUGACUUUGAAAUAUAUCGAUGUGGAUGGUGGAGCGAUUGAGUUCUUUUUACGGAACUGCCCUUUGCUCGAAGAACUGACUGUCCACGAAUCGAAAGAAUUGUCGGAUGUUUCAGUUUGCGGCACGUCGCUCGUUUUGAAACACUUGGAGAUAUGUUACUGCCGUGAUUUGAAAUGCGUUAGGGUUUCGGCACCAAAUCUUGUUUCGCUUACUGUUCAGAAACUUGAAGAACUCGUACUCGAAAAUGUCCCGAUGCUUGUUGAGCUGUCUCUUCCUUGGGGCUUUGGUGAAAUUUCCGGUGAAAAAUUAUGUAACGCAAUUUCUUGCUGCAAUUUGCAAUUGGAGGUUCUUAACUUGUCGGUGCUGAUAAAUCCAGAGGAAGGUAUCGAGUUUUACGAGUUCCCUGAAAUGCCUAGAUUGAAGAAGUUGGUCGUAGGAUAUCGGGAUUUGACUGAACAAAGUGCCGAUCUACUACCUUACUUUAUAAGGGCAGCACCUUACAUACAGGAAUUUGUUUUAAAGUUACACUCGCCUUCCAUUUCAACUUUGAAGAGUACUAUGAGUACGGGGUUUCCCCACGAGCAACUUAAAGUUGUCAAGUUUUGUGGCUAUCGUGCUCGUGAAAUUCAUGUCCGACUCGCGAGGUACUUUCUGGAGAAUUUUGUCAAUAUCGAGAAAUUAAUUAUUGAUCCCCGGCCGUUUUUUUUCACCGAACAAAUCCCGCCUGUUAGUUCAAUUCCGAUUGAAAAUGUAAGGAGUCGCUCCCGGGAACAGCUUGGAGCAGAAGUACCCGAGCGUGUUGAAUUAGUUAUUCUUUAAUUACCCGGGUUAUUUUUUCUUUUCUUUUUUUGGGAUGCAUAAAUGUCUGAUCGUAGAUAUUAUCGGAUAUUUAAAGCUGUCGAUGAUGCUAUUUUAUUAAAUAAAUUGUUUUACAUAGCAUUUUUUGUUGAUUUUUCUCAUUGUUGAACUAAAAAUCUUGAAUUUGGUGUACACUAAUUUGCAGAAAGAGGAAGAUGGUUGUGAAUA